AUGUGCCCUUACACUUUUGUGCAGAGAAAGUCGUCGUCGACGACAGCCGGCGGCGGUGCAGUGGCCCAUCACGAUCCGGCCUCCCCAACGUCGCUGGUGCCGCCGUCGGCCAGGAGCCCCACGGUCGACACGACGGUCACGCCGAUGGAGCACAACCUGUCGAAGGAAGCGCUGUGCGGUUCGAGGGCGGCCAAGGACAGCAACGACGUCUCCAUGACGACCUCUGCCCUGCAGCGUGUGCUGAGCCCGGCGGGGCCCUCGUCUCCUCCGCCGGCUGCGCAUCAGCAGCAAAAGAAACUCGAGGUGGUCAUCAAGGGCACCAAGAGCACCAAGAACCCCAAGAAGCCAAGGUUGACGCCUUCGCCGAGCCUCGCGAGAUCGACUUCGCCCAACUUCUACGACGAUGAUGACCUCAUGUCCACGACCAGUUCCAUCAUGGCGUUCCGGGACCGGCUGCGCGAAGUGCGCCUGGAGGUGAUCCGGCACAAGGGCAUCAUCGCGGUGACGGCGGUGACGAUGUUCUGCUUCGCCACGUACUUCCUCCUGGUGGCCGUCAUCAUGAUCGUCACGUACGCCGUGGCCGACAGGCCCGAGGACCGCGUCGCUGCGCGCAUGGGCUUCAACCCCAUCAACAUCGCCGUCACGCUCAUGGCCAUGGGCGUCGGAUGCUCGGCGAUCUCCCUCUCGCUCGCCUACUCCAUCGAGGACAUCAACUGGGGCUGACAA